CCAUGCGGCCGGCAACUACGGCAAGUGUGUGAAAGAGCAGUCACGAGUACACCAACCCGUUUGGCUGUUGCUGCCGAGCUCUGUUUCUGUCGGGCCGCAAAUGGAUACAGCAAGCCCGGGUGCCCUUGCAACGACGGCUGCUCUGCUUUUGAGCGUUGUCGCCGUUGCCUUCCUGUUUCUACAAAGAUGGCGACAGAAAACUUUUGAUUUCUUCCGAGGGACUGGCAUCUCCGGUCCACCCCCGAGUAUAUUCUCGGGCCAUUUCUACCAAUUCUGGAACGAGCGUACCGAGGAAGUUAUGGAUGAGUGGUUCAAGAAAUACGGUGACAUCUACGGGAUGUUCAAUGGCGACGCCCCUUUCGUCGUGGUGAAGGACAUUGAACUUUUGAGGCGUGUGUUCGUCAGCGAUUUCAGUCAGUUCGUGGAAAGGGGGACUGUGUGGAGAUCCAUGAACGAAAACCCGGCGUUCCGCAACUCGAUUAGCUUUGCACAUGCGGACAGGUGGAAACCCCUGCGGCGGUGCAUCUCGCCGGCAUUUACGGGAAACAAGCUGCGAGGGUUUGUUCCAGGCAUGGUGGAAGCCGUGGACAGCUUUUUGGAGAUCCUCGAAGAGCGAAGCCUUCGCGAGUCUGGUGGGCAGAUGGACGUGCGACCUUACCUGAGCACCCUGGCGUUCGACAUGUUCUCCAAGACCGCAUUCAGUAUGCGUCUUGACGUCCAGAAAAACCCCAGAAACCCGCUGUUCGUGCACGCCACGUCAGCCCUUCCGGGAACACUGGCCACCCUCUACCGCACGGCGAUACAGUUGUUCUCGGACGUGAAGGGCUGCUUGCCUGUCAUGUUGACCCUGGAUCGAUGGUUCGGAUACGAUGCGUUCCAGUCACUGGCCGAUUGCUCCGUACCCGCCAUCAAAAUGCGGAGAGAGGACCCGACGCUGUCACGGCCAGACCUUCUCCAGUGCCUGCUGGAAUUGGAAUUCGAGAAAAGCCAGAUGGACGAGAGCGGAUUCCAAUGGACCCAGGAGGAGCGGGAACAACACAAAGGAAAGGAGAAAUUUGUAAUGCCCAUUAAAGACAUUGCUGCGAAUGCUGCCAACAUGCUUCAAGCUGGGGUCGACACCGUGGGAGUCACGCUGUCGCACUGCCUGUUCUGCAUCGCCAAGUUCCAAGCUGUCCAGGACAAGAUCAGGGCUGAAACUGACGCUGUCCUCACGAAACACGGGGAGUUCUCCUAUGACGCCAUUUCCGACCUACAGUACACUGCACAGACAUUACUGGAAACCCUGAGAAUGUACACUCCAGUGGUCGCGUUUACAAGCAGACGUGCGUCCUGUGAUUACCGCUACGAAAACGUGCUUCUGCGGGAAGGUGUGAGCGUCUUGGCCUGCAGUCACCAGGUUCACAAAGACCCCAACUUGUGGGAGCGACCAGAUGAAUUCGACCCAGAAAGGUUCUCUCCCGAACAGAGAGCGUCUAGAGACCCGCUUGCCUUCCAAGCGUACGGCAUGGGACCUCGAAACUGUGUCGGCAUGAAGCUGGCGCAGCUGGAAAUGACGCUCGUUGUUGCCAAGCUCGUGCACCGAUUUCGGCUGCAUCUGGGCUCGAAACACGUGAACGGUGAACUGAAACGACACACAUACUCCAUCAUUGCAUGCCCCGUGGAUGGAGUCUGGAUCCGUCUUGAGAAGCUCAUGCGUGAAUCAUAAGACAGAUCAAGUAUGCAGCGACCUUUCAAGCGGUCGAGCCAACCAAGCAUCAUUCGCCGUCGCGCAGGGAGAAGACGAAAGCAAAGUGAAGGGGUUGCAAGUGUUCAUUGUACAUCAAAGAAAAAAAAAAGAUGUCGCCGCGUGGAGCGUCAUUUCUGAUACAAAAGUCCUCUGUCGGUCCUCGGCAACUGCUCCGGGGUUGUAUGUCACAUAAUGCGUCGCUGUUGAAUAAAUGUGUGUGCAUACAUGUGUAAUUUAGUAUUAACAUGA